AUGUCAUUUAUGCCUGUUUACUUGGGUCUCAAUGGAAUGAGCAUAGAAGUGACCGAAUUCUAUUAUAAUCAUUUAUUACAAUCAAAUAUCUGUAAUCGUCUUAUUUCAUUAUGUGUCUCAGAUAGAUUAGCUAUUGAUAAUGGGUUAUGGUUAUCAUCACAUCUAUCUACAUUUAUUAAUCUUCGUCAUUUAUCUUUAUUUGAUAUAAAACGUUCUUAUUUUGAAUUGAUACUCAACUCAUUAUCACCUAUUAAUUCUCUCAAAAUGUUUAGCAUACAUUUUUCAACUAAUGAUCGUGCUACUGAUACGUUUAUAGGUGUACCUGAAGGUGCUUAUUAUGAACGAAUUUUUCAUUUAUUUCCAUUAUUACGUGUAUGUCAUCUGUUUUUCCACCGAUACAUACUUUAUACUGUAGACAGUCAAUUCGUUUUACCAGCUGAUAGACCUUUUAUGCUUAUUAAAAGCAAUCUUUCAAACUUAGAAUCACUUGCAGUUCGAUGCUCACCAAGGUAUCUAUCAUAUUUAUUUGAUUAUCUUCCACAAUUGGAAGAACUCAGGUAUACACGAACUGAUCCUUGGCUACCUGAAACACAUCCACAAAGACAUGAUGAUAACAACCGAGCUAUUCCCAUUAAUAAACAUCAGGCUUCAAAUCUACGUCGUCUUAAGUUAAAUUGGAAUGGACGUAUCAAUACUGUCGACUCAAUUAAUAAGUUAUUCGAGCGUGAUGUUUUAUUUUCAUUGACGAACUUGAAAUUAUGGGCAAGGAUGGCUGGUUCCCAUGUUCUUCAUCAUUUACUAUCAAUGCUUUCCAGUCAAUGUUUAUAUUCGUUUGAUGUUAAAUGGUUUGUAGAAAGUGUUGUAUCAUUAUCGGACACAAGUAAUAUAUUAUCCGACACGUUUCAACAGCUCAAAGGAUCGGUGUCAAUUGAAUUACAAUUAACUUUGGAAGAAAACUAUUAUUAUGUUAGAGCUGUAACAGUACCAAGAAUGGAUAAACAUAUAUGUGUAUAUUCUUAUCUAGAUAAUGCUGUGCAUAGUGGAAGUCGGUGGCCGUAUAAAAGACGCAUCUUCAACAGUCAAGUUUUACGGUGCAAUGAGAUUAUUAUGAGUGAGAAUGAUGAUAAAGUCAACGGUGAAUUUCUUUGUUUAUCACCAUCUAUUGUUUUUUGGAAUAAAAUUACAUCGGUUAAUAUUCCUCUACCAUUGAAUUCAACUUAUCUUCAUUUUCUGUUUUCACAAACGACUAAUCUACGUACACUAGAACUGCAUUAUAAGUCAUAUGGUCCAGCUAAUUUUCUUUUCGAAGAUGAAACUUUAAUCGAUUUCCUUACAGAUGUUUGUUUGUGCAAUAUACUCGUGUCACAUGGUUUACGACAACUGAAUAUUUUUACCGCUUGGAAACAACCAAAUUUGAUAAACAUUGCCUAUUUAAUCGUCGAACGACUGCCGUAUUUGCAAGUAAUAGAAUUACGUGGUAUUGAUGAUGAACUGAUUGAAAUGUCACAUAUACUUAUCAACGGUCUUAAGAAAUUAAAUUAUUUCACUUUUCGAGGUUUACUUGGACAUGGUAAACGUCAUGAGAAAGAAUUCCGUAAUCUAGAAAAUUCAAAUACUCGUUAUUUUAGGACAGAAGUUCCUAACACAAUAGAUGCAGAUAUAUUUAUCGUAUGGUUAUAA